UUUGAUGGUAAUUUGGGACGAGGAGGUAGACAGAUCCCACAAGGUCCACCCAUUUAUGUCGGGGAGUUAGGAGCAAAGCGCGUACUUCCAGAUAUGGACGAAAAAGCCAAGACAAGUCUCACGUGAUGAAUUGACUCUGUCGCAAGUGAGGCAUCAGAAUAGGGUUUAGGGUGAUGCGAGAGGAUAAUGACAAGGCAAGAGGCGAGCGGCUCUCGCUGGAGGAGAGGCGACGCGAUAGGAGAGGCUUUGCGGUAGGAGAGAGGGGACGCGAAGGAAUGUAGCGACUCGAUAAGAGAGAGGCCUCGCGGUAGGAUAGAGUGAGACGAGGCGAGGGGAGAGAUGUGAGCUGAGAGGAGAGAAGUAAGGCGUGAGGAGACAUUCGACGCGGGAGGACAGAGGCGACGCAAGAGGAGAUGGGCGGAUCGAAAUUCGAGAGGCGACGCCAGAGGAAAUAGCGACACGUGGUGAGAAGAGAGAGUCUCCACAUCAUCAUGACCCGACUCCCAGUUUCGGGCUCCAGGACCAGCACAAUGGCGCAUCCCAGCAUAAACUCCCUCGGCUACGCUUUCUUUUGCGGAAUGCAACGACUGGGCCUUUGUGCUCAGAUUCCAUCCCUAAAGCAACUACAAAAGACUAUCACCGGCACAUGCAUGAUCUAGGCAAUGCAGCAAAGUGUAUUUUGAGCCAUCGGCCAAACCCAAUGACUUUCACUAGGUUAGUUGAGAAACUGUCAGGAGGCAUCCCGCCUUGCAAUAUCGGCAUGGAGGGAAAUGAGAGCCACAUCUUCUCCCACAACCCCCCACGCACAGUGCAGGUUUGUAGUAUUACACAUAGAAUGUAACAUGCUAUCAAAAUAUGAGUAGCAAAGCUCCGAGCUAGUUGGCU